AUGGCUUCUACGGUGAACAUCCAAGCAUCGGGGGAACUCGAUUUCAGUAAGCCAGAACAAUGGUCGAAUUGGAUUAAACGUUUCGAGAGAUAUUUGACGGUGAGCAAGUUAGCAGCAGGUUCAGAUAAGGAGAAAAUAGACUUAUUAUGCUAUUCGAUGGGCGAAAGAUCCGAGGAAAUACUAACUCAAAUUAUGCCGGCUAUUACGACUUCUACCACAUUUGAAUUGGUUAAGAAUAAGUUCGACUCGUACUUCAGACCAAAGAAGAAUGUCAUCUUUGAAAGAUUCAAGUUUAACUCAAGAAAACAGGAAGCAGAAGAAAGCGUCGAUUCAUUUGUUACGGCGUUAUACUCAUUAGCAGAGACGUGUGAGUUUGGAACUAUCAAGAAUGAGCUAAUUCGUGAUCGUAUAAUAAUAGGCAUUCGAGAUACUCGAGUUUCAGAAAAGUUACAAUUGAUAAACGAUUUAACCGUCGAUAAAGCGCUUGAAAUAGCCCGUCAAGCAGAGACACAGGCGAGAGAGGGGAAGAGAUUAAGACAAGAAGUGGAAGAAGAAACAAAGGUGGAUCGUGUCUCCCAAAAGAGAAGAAAUUUUCCUCGCCAUAAAUUUAGCAACGACGGAGAAACUUCCCGCCGGACGGAACAGGUAUGCGGUAGAUGCGGAUAUCCAAAUCACUUGAAAGGUAGGAAAUGUCCCGCAGCAAAAUCAAUAUGCCAUAAAUGUAAGAAAGCAGGCCACUGGGAUCGAAUGUGCAGAUCAAGAGGAGUACGACGUCUGGAAGACGAAGCCGAAGUCGCCUAUGCAUUCAUCGGAGCGGCCACCGACACUACGAGCAAAAUAGACUUUAAGUGCCAAGCGCAUGCGCGAGAAUUUGCGAAACCGUUACAUUUUAUUAUAGACACCGGUGCUGACAUUACAUGUGUCUCAGAGAAGUGUAUCCCGGGCAAAAAUAGGGAAAAGUUACUCAGGUCAGAUAAGAUUAUUUCGGGGCCGGACGGAAGAAAAUUACCGGUAAUAGGUUAUCUAUAUGUAACGCUAGAAAGGGAAAAAGUAACAGCCCAGUCGAAAAUUUAUGUUAUUCGCGGAUUAAAGCAGAAUUUGUUAGGCAAACCAGAAAUAGAAAAAUUCGGUUUAAUUCAGAAGAUUAAUAAUGUGAAAGGGAACAAUAUAAAUGAGAUAGUCUCUAAGUAUGUAGAAGUUUUCAAAGGGAUCGGUCAGUUUAAGAAAGAGCUUAGUAUCGAAGUUAAGGAAAAUACAAAACCACAUUUUGAAGCAGUUCCUAGAACCGUCCCAAUCCCUUUACUCCCAAAACUAAAGAAGGAAUUAAAUAAACUCUUAAAGCUAGGAAUUGGUAGAUUUAUGUUUACUAGGUUACCAUUCGGCAUCAAUUGCGCUCCUGAUUACUUUUCACAAAUGUUUUCUGAAUUGUUCCGAGAUCUGCCGAACGUCGUCGUUCAUGUUGACGACAUUUUGAUUCAUUCAAGUAAUAGCGUAGAGCACAGUAAAAUACUUGAAACAGUUUUAGCUAGAUUAAAAAAAGAAGGUAUCACCUUAAAUAGGAAAAAAUGUGUCUUUGGAGUCAAACAAGUAGAGUUUCUAGGACAUAUGAUUUCGAGAGAAGGAAUUAGAGAGAAGGAAUUGAUCCUACCAUCAAGAAUUUCCGCAAUUAUGAACCUCCCAGUUCCAAAAAAUAAAGAAUCUCUGUUGCAAGUCUUAGGUUCAUUAAAUUACGUAAGCAAGUACUUACCUGACAAAUCUCAUAUUUUAGCUCCUUUGAAUUCUUUACUACAAAAGAACACCCCAUUUGAGUGGAAGGCACCCCAGCAAGAAGCGUUUAUUAGAAUAAAGGAGUUACUUACAAAAGCUCCUACACUUGCACAUUAUGAUUAUCACAAAAAUAUUAUAAUUCAGGCUGACGCAUCUAGUUUUGGCAUAGGUAGCGCGUUGAUACAGGAAGAUGAACACAAAGAACGAAAAGUAGUAGCAUAUGCGUCCAGAAUGUUAACUAAUUCUGAAAAAAAAUACAGCCAAAUUGAAAAAGAAGCACUAGCGUUAACAUGCGCAGUAGAACAUUUCAAAGAUUUUGUUACUGGAAUCGAUAUAACUUUAGAGACUGAUCAUAAACCUCUAGUUCAAAUUCUGCUGUCUAAACCUCUAGAUGAGUUAACACCUAGAUUGCAACGAAUUAGAAUGCGUUUAAUGCGUUAUAACUAUAAAGUCACAUUUGUACCAGGAAAACAAUUAGUUUUGGCAGAUUGCCUUUCUAGAAACCCGGUAGUAGGCAUAGAUGAGACGGGGAAAGAAUUCACUGAGGAAAUCGACCAUUAUAUACGUUUCGUCACUGAUCAUCUUCCUGUAACUCAAAAUUUUUUACAAAAAAUUAAGAUUAAGCAAGGAAAAGAUGCUUCAUGCGCAAAAUUGAAAGAAUAUUGUCUAAAUAAGUGGCCGUUAAAAGAUAGAUUACCAGAUAAAUUACGGACCUAUUAUCAGUUUAAAGAUAAAAUUUCAUUCUCCAAUGGAUUUCUUAUGUUAGAUACAAGACUAAUCAUAUCCCCUCCGUUACAACGGGAAUUACUUUUAAGAUUACAUGAGGGACACUUAGGUUUAAACAAGUGUAGAGAGAGAGCCAGACAGUCAAUUUGGUGGUUGGGAAUAAGUAAGCAAUUAAAAUAUUUGGUCGAAAACUGUCCUAAUUGCGUUGAGCAAAGAUCAAACAUUAAGAUGCCUUUUGUAAAAGAAGCGUUUCCCAACCGCCCUUGGCAAAAAGUAGGAGUAGAUUUGUUUAAGCUGGAUGCGUGGUAUUUAGUUAUAGUAGAUUAUUAUUCUAGAUAUUGA